AGCCGAAAACUGAUAGUCAAUAUCGCGCCGGGAAAGCGAGCUGCUGUCGCACAAAUAGUUUUAAUAUAUAAAUGGUCCACGGUUUAUAUUAGAAUGCCAAAUAUUAUUAACGAGGUUAAGCUCGACUUCAAAGAUGUGCUGCUGAGACCAAAGAGGAGCACGUUAAAGAGCCGAAACGAUGUGGACUUGUUCAGGGAAAUUACAUUCCGGAACUCUGGUCAGACAUAUCGAGGGGUUCCAGUGAUGGCGAGUAACAUGGAUACUGUCGGCACCUUUGAAAUGGCUCAAGAACUGUCGAAGCACGGCCUGUUUACUUGCAUCCACAAAUAUUACACCAUUGAGGAGUGGAAGAAAUUUGCAGACGAACAUCCGGAGUGCUUACAACAAAUGGCCGCGAGCUCUGGGACAGCUGAGGCAGACUUCGACAGACUCUCGGACAUCCUGAACUCUGUGAAGGACAUCAAGUUCAUUUGCAUAGACGUGGCCAACGGGUACUCUCAGCACUUCGUCGAAUAUGUCCGACGAGUGCGGGCUGCCUUCCCAACACACACUAUUAUUGCUGGUAACGUGGUCACCGGAGAGAUGGUUGAGGAGUUAAUAUUAUCCGGCGCUGAUAUUAUCAAAGUCGGAAUUGGUCCGGGGUCAGUUUGUACAACGAGAAUCAAGACCGGCGUGGGAUACCCGCAACUGUCAGCUGUCAUCGAGUGCGCAGACGCAGCACACGGCCUCAAGGGACACAUUAUUUCGGACGGCGGGUGCACGUGUCCUGGUGACGUUGCGAAGGCUUUCGGCGCGGGCGCGGACUUCGUGAUGGCGGGCGGAAUGUUCGCAGGUCACGACCAGUGCGGCGGUGACGUGGUCACCAAACCAGAUGGCAAGAAGGUGAAGUUAUUUUACGGGAUGUCGUCCUCGACCGCCAUGUUGAAGCAUUCUGGAGGCGUCGCUGAAUAUCGCUCUUCGGAAGGUAAAACAGUUGAAGUGCAAUACAGAGGGGAUGUCGCUGAGACAGUUAAAGAUAUUCUAGGUGGUCUAAGAUCAGCCUGCACCUACGUGGGAGCGGCGAGACUCCGCGAACUGACUCGAAGAGCCACCUUCAUUAGAUGUUGUAGACAAGCUAACGAUACCUUCUCGUAAUUUAUGUGCUCCUAGUAUUUUUGAUUUUAAUUAGAUGCUAUCAGAACAAACGGUAAUCAAGGCUUGUUGUAUUUUUAUUCAAGAUUUAAUUUAACAAUCACUUAUUAUGAGGCGCAGCCUACCCACCAAUUCAAAGAGAAAAUGCCGGCGGCUUACAAGAAUCUCAGAGGGAUUUCAUUUUGAGUUAUCACACGGGUACUGUAGUAAGAUUAUUUUUGAAGUGAUUGCUAAUGAUUGUCAUUACGUACUUCAGUUAAAGUACUUAAAUUAAGUAACUUUUUCAAAAAUCAGAUGAAUUUUAGUGCAUUCGUAAAUCACUAUAAAAUGAUAUAAAUCAUAAUAUAAAAAUAGAUAAAUAAAAAGGAAAUGAAAACGAAUGCUUUGUAGCUCUCGGCGUCGUCAACUACAAAUAAUAUCCUCGUAGAAAUCGCAACAUUCGCCUUUUACUGAAUUAUGUUAGAUACUAUUGAUGUGCUUGUAUAUAUAUAUGUACAGGAUAACAAAACUACCUGUAAAUCCAAAAGGAGGUUAAAUGAGGCCUCAUAACGAGUCCAUUCACAAUAUUUAAGAACCGUGAAAAAUAGAAAAACCAUUAAAGUAAACAAUUAUUAGGUAAAAAAGGCCUACGUACCUAACGUAGGCCUUUCUGUUCUCUGAUAUGACAGCUUACAAGGGUUGACAAAAUUUUUGGCUUUGAUAAUUAAUUAUAUUUUUAAGGGGUUUUUUUCAACAAGACGUCGUUGGAAAUUUUAUUCAUCACUAACCACAAAAAGGUGUUGAUAAGAAAAGCUUAAGAUCGUUGGUCGGGAUGAAAAGCUAUUAAUAUUCAAAUUCAAUUCAGUUUUUCUACAGAAUUAUUAAUUAAUAAUUAAUUACAGGAAAUCGUUAGAUUGGAACAUUUCUUCUACGUUUGCCAUUUUACCAUUACCAGGCAUGCAUACACGGGCAGGAGACACUGGUCUUUAAAUAACACCACACUUAUUAGAAUUGUCUAGAAACAUAGAAUAAAAGUGCAUACUGAACAAGUAUCUGGCACAAAGAUCGUGUAUACAAAUAUAUAAUUUACGAUCAUCAUUUGAAAUAUGUUAUAUUAUAUCUUGGCACUCGAAUUUCACUAAAACUUCGCGAAAAUUGAGAAAACUGCUUUUUGAAUAAAAUACAGAAUUUUCAUAGCACAAGUCCCACUAUCAUUUCCUUAAUUUUGUAUUUUUACUACACGUUACAAAUGAACUGUUUUUUCUUUUUCUUUUCAUACUUUCUUCUCAUUAUGUUUAAUUAUUUUCUACAAAUGUCGCGAAUCUCUGAGCAAGAAACGCUCAAAACUCUUUCAAAUUUUUACAAUAUUAUAAAAAAUAAUAUGAAAGUAAGAGAUCUAAGGAAACUUAUUGAAGUACUAAGCGGCGUUACUUUGCGGAAAUCCAUAAUUAUACAAAUGUUUUGAGUUUUCUUUAGUGUUAAUUCCGCCAAUAUUUGUCUUUAAACAAUUCGACACUUGUUUCGCCUCUACACGAGGCAUCCUCAGGAGAUUUUGACUCGCCAAACUUGAGUCUCGUGCCAGACAGAGAUCUGUUUUAAUUGUCUUACUUUGAAAAUAUCUCUCUUUUGAUUAAAUAUAUACUCCUAGAGAUGUUACUCAUUAGUAGGAACUUAAUAUCUACUAUUUAUGCUUCGGUAUUUAAUUUUUAUUUUAACUGAAGCGCUAGUUUUCGCUGUAUCAUGGAUCUAAUUGAACCUCUGAUAUUGUUAUAACACGUCCUACACGCCCGCAGAAGCUACCUACUGAGCUGUUUUGGUGCCAAACCCGGCGCCGGCCACUUGAGACGCAAUAUCCACUUGUGUUUACAAUAGUCGAGAUAUCAUUAUGCGUAGCUUACGGGUUGCUAGAUAAACAAGCUUGGUUAUUUUAAACAAAAAACGUGAUUUAUGAUAGAUUCGUGCUGUGAUAUCGCCGCUCUUUCAGAGUUAUACCAGAAAUUGUGACUAUUUUGCUAAACGCAUCAAAAUAAAAAUAUUGCAGUUGAAUUAUUUGUAUUAAUUUUACAAUAGCGAACACGAUAUAAUAUGGUCUUAUGAUUUCUUUCAGAUUUUUUUUUUCUAGUAAUAACAUUUCACAUAAUAAUGUUCCCGUCGUAUGCUAAACAAAACUGGCCGCAGCCAGCUAAUGCCAAAUACUAAUUCAUUUUGUCUUUAAAUGCGUUGCGCUUUGUUUUAUGGCUCUUUGAACCAUGAGCAAUUAAAUUACACCCGGUAAAAAUUAUCUCUGGUGUUUUUGUCUAGGGAUACGUAGAUAUUGGCAGUUUAUUGACGGCUGCCUUUCCGUGUCCACGGGGACACGGCGGCAUAGGACCAUAGAAACAAUUUCCGUAUACGCUUGUGCACUGGAGCGUAUGGGAGGAUAAAAUAAAAUAACAAUUGAUAAAAAUGUUUCUUGUAAUUAUUGCAAUGGCUUUAUUGAAUAUUUAUAAUAAUAUAAUAUAUAUAUAGGUACCUACGUCAACUAAGUGGAAAGUUUUAGGUAUGUAAUAACUAAUAAUAAAUGUUAUGGCCGGAUUAACAAUUGCCGUUGUCGAACGAUAACGAACAACAAAUUGAGUUCAGGGUUUGAAUCAUUAUGUGGGACGCACACAUUCGUAUCAAUGCUGUGAUAAUGUCAAACGUGCAACGUCUUGUGUUUAAUACACUAGGUAGAUACACAGACUAGUAAAAAAAUAAGGACUCCGUGUCACCUUACAUAACAGUGUAGCACCAAAACAAGCCGAUUAACGUGUAAAUACAUAGCCCCACGCACACACUUCCAUUACUGCAGGCCGAUAUAUAUAUAUAUAGAGGCGGCCAUUAUGAGAAUUGCCAGCGUAUGUGACAGAUCAGUUUGCGUCGCAAUAAAAUACUUUAAAAAUGCCGUCGUGCGUUGUGAAAAAGUGUAAAAACGAUACUAUAUAAGUAUUUGUGGCCAUAUAUGAUUAUUUAAGGGAGAAAAAAUUGUGUAACUAGUAUCCCCCGUAACCGCACACACACUAGCAUAACGGUGCUUCACUUGCUAAUAUCACGGCGCGGAGUCCUUCUUUUUUUACUCAUCGGUGGGUAGAUAUAUCAUCAGUGCACGUGCGCUGUGAGACCAGCCUUCUUACCAUUAAUCCUGUUAUGAAAUUAUAUGAUAGGAGCUAGUUCGUGUUUGUUAGUGUCAAUACUUAUCGAUAGCCAAUAACUGUAAUAACUAAUAAAUUAAUGAAAUAAACAUUCAUGUUACUUUAUUAAAAUUAUGCCAAAACGGAAAUCAUUGUUUGCUGCUGGUGGUAGAAGGUAAUCGAUAUGAGUUAUUGAUUAGUGAAGCUUCUGAUUCGCCUGUUCCUAGCAGACGGAUUGUUUACGUCACCGGGUCCCGUUUGACAUACGUAUGGAGUAUGUAUUUAGAUAUACUGGCCUAAUAGAUUCUAUUAUAUUGAUGACUAUAAUAGUAUGUUGUAUAAAAAAUGUGUUAGAAAAAAGUCAUGUACACAAACUAUUUAACUUAAUUUAUAAAAGACAAAGUGUGUAAUAAUGAAUAAAUCAUUAAUAAUUA